AUGGAAAGAAGAGUCUAUGUUGUACCAGGCGAAAAGGAUGAAACUAUACACUUAAAAGGACAGCUGAGUCAAAUAUUAGGAGCGCAUCCUGAUCAGACUCAGGGGUUAACUUACAAGGCACCUUUCCCCGCUGACAUCAGGGCUGGCUUUUACACGUUGUACGUGUAUGGGGACAUGGUAUCUCAUCAGAGAGUCAGAGACAGCUACGUGCCCCUUUUGAGGGGCAAAAUAGUGAACGCUGAUGGGACUAACAUAGCUGCCGGCGCAAAGGUCGGAUUUGUCAACUACCCUAUAGCCAGUUUGUUUUCACAAGUUGAUGCUACCCUGGGGGACCGCCUAAUAUCGCAGAGUUCAAAUUGUUAUCCUUACAGAGCUGUUUUAAAAGGCCUGCUAAAUUACAGCCAGGAGACUCUUCAUUCUCAGUUUGCUACAGGCCUUUUUUACAAAGAUACACUUAACAAAUUGGAAGAGACAGAUCCUGAUGGAGAAAACACCAGUUUUAAAAAAAGAAGCACCUAUACGGCCGGUAGCAGGACUGUUGAACUUCUGGGACAGAUACAUAUCGAUCUCUUUUUCCAGGAAAAACUAAUAUUGAACGGCAUAGACGUGAAGAUUAAAAUGGUUCAGAACAAAGAUGAAUUCUGCUUAAUGUCUGGUGAUGCCGAAUGUUACAAAGUAAUUAUAACAUCAGCCUCUCUGUUUGUAAAAAAAGUAAAAGUUUCACCAGCUGUGAAAUUAGGGCACGCCUAUGCCCUUACAUCAGCCAAUGCUAAAUACCCUGUGGAAAGGGUGAAUAUUAAAGUAUUCAGUAUGCCUGCGGGUAUCCGAGUAUGCAAUCAAAAAAACCUGUUUUUGGGUCAACUACCAAAGUAUGUGGUGAUUGGCAUAGUGGAUAAUGAGGCUUUUUCAGGUUCUUCUACAAGGAAUCCGUUCAAUUUCAAACAUAAUGAUGUAGAGUUCCUGGCUCUGUACAUGGACAGUGAACAGAUUCCUGCCAAACCUUUUCAACCAGACUUUGCAAGCGGCUACAGUGCCAGAGAAUACUAUAACCUGGUACUGGCCACUGGUAAGCAUUUGAAGGAUCAAGCUCUGUCUAUCACCCAUUCAGAGUUCUCGCAAGGAUAUACUGUUUUCGCUUUUGAUCUAACCCCCGAUCAAGAAUGUGGUGGUCGUUUUUCAUUAGUUAAAACUGGAAACAUGAGCUUUGAAUUAUGCUUCCAUGUCCCUCUCCCAUGGACCGUCAAUCUAAUAGUAUAUGCAAUCUUUGACAACAUCAUCGAAAUCAACCAGAGACGUAAUGUUCUGUAUGACUACUAA